CACUGUUUGAUCACUACAACACAAAUGUCUGCCGAAGUUGAGCGAGAGCUGUUGAACCACUACAAGCUCGACUCUCUCUAUCCCUCGGAAUGGCCGGACCGGGACGACGACGACUACAAUAGCGAUGCCGACAACGACGCGACAGACACGAACCACAGGGAGUCCAAGUUCGCUGCGCUGGAUCGCUCCGUCUCUGUUGGAGGAAAGAGGGCCGACAACAGCGUGCAGAAAGAUGAACCCGAUCCCCUAGGCAUAGUACCGAGUGUUGUCCACGAACUGCGCCGCCGUGGCCUGCCGGUCGAGGAGAAUCUGCGUCUGCGCAACCGCUUCAUGCUGUCCUCGACCACCUUCUCACCCAACCUGUUCUUGUCGCAAGUUCACCACGACGCUUCGACCGACUCACUCCUCAACGGUCUCCACUUCUUGUCUAGUUCCAUUGAGCAAAAGUCUGCCUCGCUCAAGUUGCUGGUCGAGUCCAAUUUCGAACGCUUCGUCAAAGCAAAGGCUACUAUCGACAAUGUAUACACCGAGAUGCGCACCCAAGGCCAGCAGGCUAUGCCGGCGUCCCCUGGUCACCAGCGAAGACACUCAAGACAUACCAGUCGAGGAGGCAUGUCGCAUUUCCGUACUCCUAGCGGAGCUCUGUCCCCCUCGGUCGCAAGCAAACUUCCAGACAAGAAAAAGAAUGCCUUGACAAAAGAGAGCGAAUAUGGUGUCCUCGGCAUCAAGGCUCCUCUGCUUGAGCUUGGUGCCAAAGCAGAGGAAGUCUGGGGCCCUGCACUGGGCGGCCGCGAAAAAGAGGAAGAUCUCAAGUCUGUGCUAACCUAUCUUGAACAACACCGUGACGUUUUCGAAAUCGGUCAAGCCUUGCAAGACGCAAUCCGUAAGAAGGACUAUGACUCUCUUGUGACCGAAUACAACCGUGCUAAGAAACUUGCGAAUGAUGCCACGAGAAAAGCCGAAUCUGGUCAAGAAUUAUCAGAUUCAGACGUGCAUCAGAUCUUGGUUGCUGCAAAAGUUUGGUCAGAUGCUCAGUCCCAAAUUGGUGCCUUCAAACGCGAAUCUCGUAAAAACCUUUCUGCUGCUAGGAUCCGCCGUUCUGCGCCAUCUGCUGCUGCUCAACCUGAUACGACCAUGACUCUGAUCGCUACUCUUUUGCAACUCGACAUGGACGACAAUCCCAUCACAUUCUGGCUGUUUAGUCGAUACAACAAUCUCAAAGAGAAGCUCACUCGCUCCUUCGAUCGUAUGCGCAUAGAGAUUGAAGUUUCAAGGCGGCGUUUGGCAUCAGCAGAACCACCUAGUCUCCAAACGUCGAAACUCCAUCUUCGAUCUGCUGUAGCCAACCUUGUGCAAGAUCGAAACUCGAACAACACUUCUAACGCCAUGGACGCUUCCAAGAUAAUCGAUUUCUGGGAGAAGAUCCAAAGUGCAUUAAACAGUUUGUUGUCAGCACAAGGGGGUUUACUAGGAGAGAUCGUUGAAUUCUGGGAAACUGCAGAAUCUUUCAUCUCUCACAAAGCCCAGAGAAACUUGCCCACUGGAGUUUUUGCUUCAGAGGGCCGUCAACAUCUUGAUCUCAGGGAGGACGAGAUAAACCGGCUUCGUCAAUCUGCUACCGAUCUGCUCAAUAGUAUGCGCGAAAACAUCUUCUCGUUCUUCGUCGACUCGCCAGUUGAAGACAUUUCGUCCCUGUUCUCGCCCGUUCCUGCAACACCGGACACUCCAUCGUCUAGUCUGGCCAGUGAUCAGCGCAUGUUUUCAUUCGACGUGAACAACAUCCCUGAACCCUCACCGAGACGAGGAGAAUCUUGGGAGAAAUUUGCCUUCUGGGCGCCAUAUGCAAAUUCUUUGAGUGGUGUUCAUUAUCUCAGCAAUAUUUUGCUCCUCGUUGGAACGUCAGCAGGCGAGGUUGCUAGUCUUUCCCUCGUCAGAGACAACUACCGUAUGGCAGAACAGCUGAAGACCAUGGUCAGCGGAGUGCGCGAACGCUGCAUUCAGGCUGUUUGUGCUGCGUGGAACGUCGACUCUGACAAGACCAGAUAUCUUGAAGACUGGACGCGGCAUACAGAUCGCCGCGAUCUCACAAACAUGCCAUCCCGCUUCAGUGCGUUUGAGGAAACCAUCCUUAGUGAUAUGCAGAAAAUUCUGUACAUCUCUGGUGCAAUGUCGCGUCCUGGUUAUGAGAAUGUUGUUGGACCACCACCAACCAAGCUUCUCCAGAUGGUCAGACAUCAGUUCAUCACCAGCAUAUACAAAACACUUAGUGGCGCCGUGGAGAAUGCAGAGAAGAACAAANAGAUUGGAGAUUCCGGGAUUGAUGACCCAGAUGGUCUAACAGUACCGGUGACGCAAAGAGGCUCGGCCACAGACAGCAGCGUUGUGACCACACAAGCAACAGACAAGUUCGAGUCCUCUUUCUCAAUCAAAUUCACUGAUGAAUCCAAACAAAUCCGCGACGUACUCAAGCAGAUCGAUGAUCGUCUAUUCUUAGGCUACGUCAAACCCACAACCACACAACUUCGGGAAAUCAUCACGGCUGGCAUCUCAUCUCCAACCUGGCUACCUAAGACCUCCACAAGACCCACAAAUGCUCGUCCCUACAUCUAUGAUGUGCUGCUUGCUUUGGUGUUAGUACAUACCGAAGUCUCAACCACAGCAAGCACGUUAACCUCGCCGCUUCUAUCCCACUUCCUCGAAUCCGCCAGCGAGUCCCUUCUCGCAGCUUUCUCUGAGCGUCGCUCUUACUCUCUAACAGCUCUAAUGCAAGCGACUCUUGAUGUCGAGCUUCUCGCGCAGACUCUUUCGAACUACACCACCGAAAAGGCCUCGGAGAUUCAGUCGAAGAUAUACUUGGUGCUUGACGAGAGAACGGAUGCAGAUGCAAGGACUAGAUUGCAGGCUGAGUUGCCAGAGAUGAGAGCUAUCUUGAAGAGGUUGAGAGAGGGUACCAAGGGACAAUUUGGAUGCUUCAGGAGAGAGAGAAGGGUCAGAAGUGACAGGCCUGGUAGCUCGAGAAGUGGUGGGACUGCAGGAAACGGGUCGGUGGUCGGAUAG